CUUCCGGUUGCCAUCUUUCUUUCCUUUCGAAGCAGUCGCACUGCGAAGAAGAAAACAUGUCGCUGAUAAUUCCGGAGAAAUUCCAGCAUAUUUUGCGUUUUAUGAACACAAAUAUCGAUGGCAAGCGCAAGGUGCCUAUUGCCAUGACUGCCAUCAAGGGUGUGGGGCGUCGUUACGCCAAUAUUGCCCUCAAGAAGGCCGACGUGGAUCUAUCCAAACGUGCCGGAGAGUGUACUGAUGAAGAGGUUGAGCGUGUGGUAGCUGUUAUUCAGAAUCCCCGUAUCUACAAAAUCCCGGACUGGUUCCUCAACAGGCAGAAGGAUGUCACUGAUGGCAAAUAUUACCAGCUCACCUCAGCCGUGCUGGAGUCCAAGCUCCGUGAUGAUCUUGAGAGGCUGAAGAAAAUCUGCGCCCACCGUGGUCUCCGUCACCACUGGGGACUCCGUGUGAGAGGUCAACACA